AUGGCAUUUUCCGGUGAUAAGCUCCCCGUCGGAAAAGAAACCCACAUAGCUCUUUUCCCGAGCUCCGGCAUGGGUCACCUGACCCCUUUCCUCCGCCUUGCUUCUUUGCUUCUCCAUCACCAUUGUCGAGUUACACUCAUCACCACCAACCCAACCGUUUCACACGCCGAGUCUCGCCUCGUUUCUCGCUUCCUUUCAUCUUAUCCCCAAGUUACUCAAAUCCACUUCAAUCUUCUUCCUCUCGACCUUUCCACCGUCAAUUCCACCGACCCAUUUUGGAUCCAAUCCGAGACCAUCCGUCGCUCCGCUCACCUUCUCUCUCCUCUGCUCUCUUCCGUAUCUUCCCCGCCUCUCUCCGGUCUCAUCUCCGACGUCAUGUUGGUUUCCUAUGUUCUUCCUGUUGCACAGACUCUUCGUCUUCCUAACUAUAUUCUCUUCACUUCCUCUGCUAGAAUGUUUUCUUUCUUUGCUUACUUACCCACCAUCACUUCGAUUUCUAAUGUCGGCUCUGUUUUUGAUGGUGAAGAUUUGCAUAUCCCAGGCAUUAAUGCGCCAUUACCCAGAUCAUCAAUUCCUCCAUUGCUUCUAAUCCAAAACAGUCUUUUCGCUGACAUGUUCUUCAGUGACAGUUUGAAACUUUCGAAACUAGAUGGGGUUUUGAUCAAUUCCUUCAAAGGGCUUGAAACAGAGUCUUUGGAAACUUUGCGUAGCAGAAAAUUAAUGGAGGAUUUGCCUCCGGUUUUCGCUGUAGGACCUUUCGAGCCUUGCGAGUUUGAAAAGGAAGAAGAAGAUUCUCAUUCUGAUUCUGAUUCAUCCACUGCACUUGCCAAGUGGCUGGAUGAGAAACCAGAUGGAUCCGUGGUUUAUAUCAGUUUCGGAAGCAGAACGGCUCUGUCUAAGGAUCAAACGAGAGAGGUCGGAGAUGGGUUGGUGAAAAGUGGGUUUAAGUUUUUGUGGGUGGUGAAGAAUAAACGGGUAGAUAAGGAAGAAAAAGAGGGUGAUCUUGAGGAAGUUAUUGGAGAGGAAUUAAUGGAGAAGAUUAAGGAAAAUGGGUUUGUGGUGAAGAACUGGGUUGAUCAAGGGAAAAUAUUGGGUCAUAAAGCUGUAGGUGGGUUUGUGAGCCAUUGUGGAUGGAACUCAGUGGUUGAAGCUGCCAUUAAUGGUGUCAGAGUUCUUGCUUGGCCUCAACAUGGAGACCAGAAGAUAAAUGCAGAAGUUGUGGAAGGAAGUGGGCUUGGGAUGUGGGUGAGAAAUUGGGGUUGGGGUGGAGAAAAGGUAGUGAAAGGGGAUGAGAUUGGUGAGAAAGUUAGAGAGAUGAUGGAGAGCCAAAGUUUGAAGUUGAAAGCUAGAGAUGUUGGAGAGGAAGCCAUGAAAGUUGCUGAAGCUGGUGGGAAUCGUGAAGAAAUGUUCAAGGAACUGAUUGGGGAUUUGAAGAGGAAAUUAUGA